AUGUUCCACAUGGGCAUGGCAGCAGGAUCAGGAACGAACUUUCUCAACCACGGGCAACUCCUGGCUGGGCUGGAGGAUCCAGCAUGGUUCGAGCAAAAUGUGCCUAUCCUGGACACGCCCAACUCGCAGAUUCAGCAAGUCUACUACUACCGUUGGGGCACAUACCGAGAACACUUCUUCUACACCGGCCCGCAGUUUGGGUACAUCUCGACGGAAUUUCUUCUGGCGGCUGGUAUUGGCUAUGCUGCGCCUUAUGGAGGUAUUGUGGCUGCGGCGGGUCAUCACAUCAACGAGGGCAGGUGGUUGAGGGAUCAGAAACCUGGGAAGGAUUUGGUGAACUUUUGGCUGGGAGCGCCUGGUCAAGCUAGCAAACCCGUAAACGACAACGUCAAUCCUGAUACGAGCACAUGGGCGACCGAGUAUGCGUUUUGGGCCGCGAGUUCCGUAUGGCGACAGUACCUUGCGACUGGUGACCGAGACUUCGCCGUUGGACAUCUCGACAAUCUGGUCAAGGAGUAUCGUCAGUACGACAACCAUUUUAAUGAGAUUUUGGGAUUGUACUGGCAAGCUCCUGUCUGGGAUGCGACGGAGUACACUGCUGCGACAUACUCGACGAGCAACGGCGAUGACAAUGCGGCUUAUCACGGCGGCUAUGGCUAUAGACCCACGUUGAACUCAUACCAGUAUGGCGAUGCUCAAGCGAUUGCCGCCAUUGCUACUUUGGCGGGCAACACAACUCUGGCAACUGAAUACACCAACCGAGCGAGUGCACUGCAGUCAAAUUUGAUCAAGUACACUUGGGACUCCAGGGCUGAGUUCUUCAAGCAUCUCCCGCGAGACAACAACCCUAGCUUGACUCUUGUCACCAUGCGAGAGAUCAUGGGAUUCAUCCCUUGGCAAUUCAACAUGGCACUACCGAACAAUUACAGCGUCGGCUUUGCACAGCUUCUCGAUCCACAAGGAUUCAAUUCGUCCUAUGGCCCGACGUCGACUGAGCAGAGGUCGUCGUGGUUCUUCUACGACGCUACCGAAGGAUGCUGUCGCUGGGAUGGACCGUCCUGGCCUUUCGCCACUGCGCAGACGUUGACUGCUGUCGAGAAUCUGCUCAAUGACUAUCCUUCACAAUCAUAUAUCUCGGCCGCUGACUACUUCACCCUCCUUCUCCGAUACGCUUCCACGCAAUUCAGAAAUGGCAAGCCGUACAUUGCAGAAGCACAUUGGCACAACAUCUCCAGCUGGAUCUACGACUCGUACGACCACAGCGAGGACUACAAUCACUCUACAUUUGUCGACAACAUCAUUGCUGGUCUCAUAGGGUUGCGUGGUCAGAACAAUGACACUCUGGUGAUCAACCCCCUGACCCCAACAUCCUGGAACCACUGGGGCUUGGAGAACACCGCAUAUCAUGGCCAUCUGAUCACCGUGCUUUGGGAUAGCGACGGUACACACUACAACCAGGGUAAAGGCCUUCGCGUCUGGGUCGACGGUACUGCAGCUGGCAAUAGAGACACUCUUGGUCCACUUACGGUCAAAGUUGGCUCUGCCGUAAAGCCAACCAUCAGCUCCAACAUCAACAUCGCCGCGAAUCCUCUCCAAUUCCCCAUGGGUCCGCAACCAAACGCAUCCUUCCAAUCCUCCAACGCCGAGCAAAGCAUCUGGAAAGCCAUCGACGGCAACGUCUGGCGAGUCGGCAUCCCUGAAAACUCCAGCUGGACCACAUCCGGCAGCUCCAACGCUCAAGACACCUUCACCAUCGACCUCCGCCGCCCCCAAUCCAUCAACAACGUCCAGCUCUACUUCUACGACAACGGGACCAACGUCCGCGUCCCUACCUCCUACGAUCUCCAAUACCUCCCCUCCAACAACAGCUGGACCUCCAUCCCCUCCCAAACCCGCAGCGGCACCCUCGCCAACAACGCCCAAAUCACAAUCACCUUCCCCCAACUCACUACCCAGCAAAUCCGCAUCACAGCCCCCAACCACGGCAAUGGCGUCGGCUGGGGCCUCUCAGAAUUCCAGAUCUGGACGCCGCCCAUCUACCAAAUCUCCAACAAAAACAGCAACAAAGCCAUGGCCGUCCAGAACGGAACCACCUCCGUCCUCCAAGAACCCGCCUCCAACACCACCCGCUGGCAAUUCAUCCCCGCCGCGGGAGCCUGGUCGCAGAUCCAGCACGUCGCCACGAAGAAAUACCUCGGUGUGACGGGUGGUUCGACGGCGAAUAGCACGCAGCUGGCCAUCUUCGAUCAGGAUCCCACGCGGCAGGAUCUGUUGUGGUGGGUCGAGGAUCGGGGACAGGGGUAUUUCUUCAUCAGGAAUAAGAAGAGCAAUCUCGUCGCUGGGGUCGAUGGGGAGUCGACGAAUGAUGGGGCGAUGGUCGUGCAGUAUGCGGAUACGGAUACGUCGGAUCAUUAUUGGAGUUUGCUGGUGGAUGUGCCGAGUAGCUAG